GAAAAAAUUGAGUCCGUGGGAAUUUCUUCCCUUCCGGCCUUCCCUUCUCUCUCGAUCCUGGAACCUGAUUUGGCGCAGGAGUUCAGAAAAGAUCGAUACUUGGAGGUGGGUAUUGGGAUUUAGGGUUCGUGGUGCCUCCCGAUUCCGAUGAAGUGACGGUGCGAUGACUGGGGGCGUCGUCGCAGUCGAGGCCUGCGGGCUGCCUCAGGUGAGAACGGCGGUGCCGGCGCGGGCGCGGCGGCAGGCGUGGUUCGUGACGGCGUGCGGUUGCGUGCUACUCUGGACGUGCCUGAUCCAGCUCCUUACCUAUGGCCGUGUCUGGCGGGGUUGGAAUCCCGCGCGGUUAUUCCUUGUCAUCAGGGACAGCGUCCCUGCGGUUGAAUCGAGUUUCGCUCCUCCGCCGCUCGUGGCUCCGUCUCCAGUGCUACGGUCGAGCAAUUAUACAAGCAACGGUUAUCUGAAACUAUCAUGCAAUGGAGGCUUGAACCAAAUGCGUGCAGCGAUAUGUGACAUGGUGAUGGUGGCUCGCUUACUAAACCUAACAUUAGUGGUCCCGGAACUGGACAAGAAUUCAUUCUGGGCUGACCCAAGUAAUUUUGAUGAUAUCUUUGAUGUGAGGCAUUUCAUCACAUCAUUGAAAGAUGAAGUGCACAUAAUUAAAAAGCUACCGAAGAGCAUUAGUAGAAAUACUUCAAGCCAUUUUCUUAUGAUGCGUCCUGUGAGUUGGUCAGAUGAGAGAUACUACUUACAAAAGAUUUUGCCACUGUUCAACAAGUUCAAUGUGAUUCAGUUUAAUAAAACAGAUGCACGAUUGGCAAACAAUCUAGCUUUUGAGCUCCAGAAGCUUAGAUGCCGUGUAAACUAUCAUUCACUGAAAUUUACUCCUCAGAUCAUGACAUUAGGAAACAAGUUGCUUCAUAUUCUUCGAGGGAAGGGAUCCUUUGUUGCCUUACAUUUGAGAUAUGAAAUGGACAUGCUGGCUUUCUCUGGUUGCACUCAUGGUUGUUCUGAGAAAGAAGUUGAAGAGCUUAAAAGUUUAAGGUAUGCCUAUCCAUGGUGGAGAGAAAAAGAGAUCGAUUCCGUGGCCAAGAGACUGCAAGGUUUGUGCCCACUUACACCCGAGGAGACCACCCUUAUCCUCAAAGCAUUGGGAUUUGACAAGGAUACUGUAAUAUAUAUUGCCUCCGGUGAGAUUUACGGUGGGGAAGAGAGGCUAUCGGUAUUGCGUGCAGAAUUUCCCAACCUUGUUAAAAAGGAAACGUUGCUUCAUCCAAAAGAUCUGCAUCAGUUUCAGAAUCACUCAUCCCAAAUGGCUGCACUCGAUUAUAUGGUUUCUUUGGAGAGUGACAUUUUCAUCCCAACAUACAAUGGGAACAUGGCUAAACUCGUCGAGGGACAUCGGAGCAGGUACCUUGAUUUUCGGAAAACCAUGUUGCUGAACCGCAGGAAAUUGGUCGAGCUCCUCGAUAUGCAUAACAACAAGACACUUCCAUGGGAUGACUUUGCAUCUUCUGUUAAGCGCGUUGUUGAUGAGAGCCUUGGACAACCGACCUGUCGAAAAGUUCUUACCGACAAGCCCAAGGAGGAAGACUACUUCUAUGCCAACCCGCAAGAGUGCCUACCCAAUGCCAAAGAGUGCCUUAAGGUAUUGGGAAAUUCAAGCUCGGCGAGAUGAAAACAGAUACCUCGCAACUUUGUAGCUCCCUCUUGGUGAAACCAAGCUUGUUCCACAGGAUGAUCGCAGAUCAUUUCCUGAUCUGGUCACUUUGUUGGAUACGCCACAUUCUUUUGUUUAUAAGUUAUUUUUGCGAUGCCACAACUGUAAGCUAUGCAAGUUCAUUUAAAAGAGGAGUUAAUGGUAAGUUAUUGCAAUGUCGCUUUAAGGUCAUAGGACUCAAUGUGGUCCGAUCUUUUUUUUGAGACCCCGCAUUGUCGGGAGCUUUGUGCAUCCGGUUGACCUUUUAAGGAUGUCACUAUCUUGGAGAUUGCAUUAAUUUGUGACCGUUUUGUAUUCAAAUUGUAAGAACAAAUUUGGGUAAAAAUUAAAAGGGCUCCUAUCAUUUGCAAAAUCA